GUUUGCCAUCGUCGUCUAAUUAUGCUGGAAAGCGGAUACCUGCUCAUGGAUUACGUUUGGUAACUCAGAUAUACAAAUGCUAUCAGAGACCUGCGACGAGGACCAUCAUUAUCAAAGACAAGAGGAUCAACCUCUUCAGGGGCUUGUCCCGCAUUAUGCUUUCCUUGAGCCAGACCACUACCUCGUAUAGGAUCUUGGACAGUAGACCAGGAUGGCGCCUUGCGACUCCCGAACCGCCCUCGUACUCUUCGACUUUAUCAAUUAGCGAACAGUGCAUUCCCACCAAUAUCGGCCGGAUACUGGCACAUCCAGCAACGGACGCAUACUGUCUUGAUCUUCUGGCUUGCCACGAUAGCCGAAUCCGACAUCAGCCAAACUCACACAGGGAUGAAGAUGACGGUCGAGCACAGAUGGCAAGAUUAACUAUCAUGCGGGGCACUUCUACCCCGUUUUACUGAAUAGUUUGAUCCUGACAUGGUACUUAGACACAACAUUCGUGGCAUGUAGCGUGAAACCCACCGUGUCAAUCUGCCUCCCU